UUGUAGGUACUCGUCAUUAUUGUGAUUUGUACUGUGUUUUUAUGAAUUCAUGAUUGUAUGAUGUUGUGGUUCACGAAUCCGAUUAGCAUCAACAGCUAUUACGAAUUCAAACAAUAUGAGGCAAUAAUGUUUGAUAAAUAAUCACCAUGCUGUUCCAACUAAUAGUAACGGGGAUGCUCGCGGUCACGCUGGCCCCGUGCGUGAUCCAGAAGAUAUGCAACACCACGGCCACCGCCAGCGGGCCGCCGCCCUCCAGCGUCUGCAUGCACCGCAUCGAAGAUUGUUAUACAUUACAUAAAGAGAACAGGAAAUCUCAAUACCAUUGACAAGAAAUUCAAAGUUAACGAAAUAUUUUCCAAAUAAAAACAAUAAAACAAAACAAAAUGAUAUAAGCGAAUGCAGAACGGUAUACCUAUAACCUAACUCUACCAAAAAAUUAGUACCUAGUAUAGCACUAAAACUUGCCGGUUUUUAUUAUGCAACCCCACGCUACGUUCCGUUCUUCGCGAAUACUGAAGUAAAAAUAACAUUAAAAGAAAAUAAACAUGUGACGCAUGUGUAUCGGCCUUAUCUACCGUUAGUCCACCCAAAGUCCAGCGUCGCAAAUUCGAUGCCAUAGUGAGAGUUUCUUCCAAUAGUAUGGGGCUGAAGUCACAAACGAGAUGCGUGCUCGAAUAAAUCAUGCGGCGCAUCGUUGCGCGCGCGACUGCAAGUGUUGCCUGGGCUGUAGAUUGUUCUCCUGUUGCUGCCACUGUCGCUGCGCCUGCCACCGCACCGCCUCCUCUAAUGACGUCCCUCGCUUGGCUGCUCGGCUUCAUCGCCUUCGUCCAAUCGGCAACGCCAGGAUGUAAGAACUGUAUUACUCUAGGCAAAGAAGAGAAGGCGAUGUUCCGAGCCCACUCCGAGGCGUGCCUUCCCCAGUCGCAGGCCGACCCCAAGGUCAUCGAGGCUAUGCUGAACGGCGAACUGGCUGACGACCCUGCGCUGAAGAAGCACGUGUACUGCGUGCUGCUCAAGUGCAAGGUCAUCAGCAAGGACGGGAAGCUCCAGAAGACGGCUGUACUUGGCAAGAUGUCUACGAGAACUGACGGCAAAAAUGCCACCAAGAUUCUAGAAAACUGUUCCGAGCAGGGUGGCGACACUCCCGAGGAAAUAGCCUGGAACCUCUUCCGAUGCGGGUACGACAAAAAAGCGGUGCUCUUCGAAUACAUGCCGCCAGAGGGCGCUGCCGACUUGGAGAAUAAUUCUCAAUAAUUAAAAUUAAAAAGUAAUAAUAAAAAUUUAACAACAAAAAUUAUGUUGUUUAAAAAUUAAACAACAAAAAUGUAUCCUUUUUAUAAACUGUCAAUUUGAAGUUUUUGUUCCAAUUUCAAAUUUCUUCUUGAUCUCCGUUAUGUGGCAAUAUUAUUUCAUUACAAUAAAUAUAAUGACAUGUACUUCAUGAA